GAUAUGUUUUUCUAUGAUCACAUAAUUUUCCGUUCAAUGUUUCUAUCGAUAUUUUCCAGAAUUUUCUGAAUGGUUCAAAUUCUGCCCAUUAUAUAUUCUUUCUGUUUUUCUGACUGAAUUAAAUAUUACGAUUCAUUCGGAAAAUUUAGAUAUUGGCUUAUGAUCAAUAAAUUCGCGAAGUAACCUUUAAAACAAAAGCAUGAGGAUGACUGUUCUUAGUGAAUGGCAUUAAUCAUUUUCCUUAAAGCCUAUAAUUUAUGGCAUUUAUGUUUCUAGACUUCAAUGCAAUGUUUUCAUAUCACCACAAAUUUGAAGACUUGUAAAUUAUAAUCGGCAAUUACGUCACUGAUAGAAAAUGUUAAGUUUUAAACACUUAUGUAGUAUCGUUUCCAAUUUAAACAGGGCAAGAACUCAUAGGUAUGUCCUGAACAGGGGAUUCGUUGGUGUUUCUGCACCUAUAAAUUUAAGGGUACAAGCUACACUAUGUAAUAAAAGGCUCUACAGUACUGAAGAUGAUAGACCAAAGAUUCCACCUACAUCGGAAAAAAUAAUACCUCCUGAAGCAUGCCACAAACCAAAUUUGAUGUCUAUGGGUCCACAUCCAGAAGAGCCAUUCCAAGAAGAAUAUGAUAAACUCAAAAAGAAAAAUAGGAGAAUACUUUACUUAGGUGUAGUUAUCUUCAUUGUAUCAGUUGUUGCAGCAUAUGUCAAUAUUCCAUUUGAAAAAAAGGUACCUAAAGCACAAGUUAAAAAUGUUACACAUACAAAGAGAAAAGACAAGAGGCCUAUUCCGAAAAAUCCGGAAUUGUCAAAUGAUAUACCUCGUAAAGUUCCUUACCUAUUAAUAGGAGGUGGUACAGCAUCUUUUUCUGCAUUUAGGGCUAUCAAAUCAUCAGAUCCUCAAGCUCAAGUUCUUAUUGUAACAGAUGAACCUUAUUUACCAUACAUGAGACCUCCUCUUUCUAAGGAGAUGUGGUUCAAUGCUGACCAAGAAAAAGUUGAGAAGCUUAUAUUCAAACAAUGGAAUGGAACUGAAAGAAGUUUAUUAUAUGAACCGGAGGAAUUUUACACUCCAAUUCAAGAACUCCUUGAAAAAGAAAAUGGUGGUAUUUCAGUAGCAUCUGGAUACAAAGUUGUGGAAAUUGACCCAUAUUGUCACAAAGUAAAGUUAGAUAAUGGCUCUGAAAUUGAAUAUGAUAAGGCUCUUCUUGCCACUGGUGCUAGGGCAAAGUCAAUACCUGUUUUUGAUUCAGCAAAAAAUGAUCCGCGUGUUAGCAGGAGGGUGAAAGAAGUUAGGAACAUUUAUGACUUUGAAGAUUUACAAGAAUGUUAUAGACAAUCCUUAAGAGUGGCUAUUAUAGGCGGUGGAUUUUUGGGAAGUGAAUUGGCCUGUGCUUUAGCAAGAAUCGGUUGUUAUGACAAGAAAACUGUGUACCAAAUCUUCAAGGAAAGUGGAAACUUAGGGAAGAUGUUGCCAGAAUAUUUGAGCCGGUGGACUACAGAUAAAGUUACAAAAGAGGGAGUUCAUGUUAAACCGAAUGCCGAAGUUGUUUCGUGCAGUUAUAACGCAAAAGAUAAAAUGAUCCAUCUCAUUCUAAACACUGGAGAAACCUUGAAGGUAGAACAAGUGGUUCUGUGUACAGGUGUAGCUCCGAAUACAGCGCUUGCAACAAAGGGAGGUCUAGAGAUUGACCCAGAGCUUGGAGGUUACUUGGUGAAUUCUGAACUUCAAGCACGAUCAGAUCUAUAUGUUGCCGGUGAUGCAGCAUGUUUCUAUGAUCCUAAAUUUGGACGCAGACGUAUUGAGCACCACGACCAUGCAGUUGUCACUGGUAGAUUAGCUGGUGAGAAUAUGACUGGAGCACACAAGCCGUAUAUUCACCAGAGCAUGUUCUGGUCAGACCUUGGACCAGAUAUUGGUUUCGAAGCAAUCGGUCUUGUAGAUUCGAAACUGCCUACAGUGGGGGUGUUCGCAAAGGGUAAAAUGUCCGAUACGCCAAAAGCUCACAUUACAGAAACUGAUUCUGAGGCAGUCAGAACUAGAGUUGAAAUUAAUCAGGCACCUCCCUCGUGUGAUGCUAGGAUAGAUGCCGAGGAAAGAAGAGAAAUUGAGGUUAGUGCUAAAACUCAGAGGCCCGAUUUACCCACUACAGAAAAUCCGGAAGACUUUGGCAAAGGUGUCGUUUUCUACAUGCGAAAUGAUAAAAUUGUUGGUGUCUUACUCUGGAACGUGUUUAAUCGAAUUCAAACAGCGAGGCAAAUUUUGAAAGAAGACAAGACCUACGAUGAUCUAAAUGAAGUUGCCAAGUUGUUCAACAUACAUCAGGAUUGAAAAUAAAGACAAAAAAUUGUGAAUUUCUUCUUUCGAUCUACCUCAAAAUGGAAAAGAAAAACCUUGUUUUAUACCGAUGAGCAUUAAUUCUGAUGGAUAUUGUAUUAUAAGAACCAUUUCAUAUAUUUCGAUGGGAGCAUUUUAUGAUUAUACUGUAUAUAGAGGAGUUUGAGUUUUGAGUAUGCUAAUAUGAAAUAAAGAGUUUGGAGUAAAAUAUUG